AUGCACAACUCGUCGCACUUUCCAUCCUCUUUCAAUGAAGCCUUUUAUAUAAAAUCAUUUGCUGGUUUUCCUCGCAGUGGUGUUCGUUUUAACCAAAGUAAAAUGAGCAAACGCCAAAAUCCAUCGGAGUUCUUAAAGAGAGUCAUCGGAAAGCCCGUUGUGGUCAAACUCAACUCUGGAGUUGAUUACAGAGGAAUUCUCGCCUGUCUCGAUGGAUACAUGAACAUCGCACUCGAGCAGACCGAAGAAUACAGCAACGGACAACUUCAGAACAAGUACGGUGAUGCUUUCAUCCGUGGAAACAACGUCCUCUACAUUUCCACAUCAACAAAGUGA